GGGCCCUCCCGAUGUGCCACCUCGUAAUCCUACAAUGAGCAGGCUCAACGGAAGACUACCAGGAAGCCACGCAGCAAGUGAACACGAACGUGAUCCGGAUCUUGAACCUUCCUGUCUUGUACGCACCCCAUCGGGUAACUUCUAUAAUAUAAAAACUCCGAAGAAUGAAUAUAACAACAAGCAUCAGUCGACAGGAAACAGCCCAGUAAAGGUCGAACUUCAGAACAACAUGGACAGAGUACCAAUACCAUAUGGUCACGCACCAUCAAUGAUCCCAAUGAGGAGGCAAAGUAUUCGCUGCCAUUUUCGCAAGGGAAUUGACUGGUGCAGCUGGAAGCUCAUUGCAAUAGUAGUUAUAAUGGUUUCACUGUGUCUCACAGCAGCCCUCACAUACGUAGCGGCUUCGAAUAUAGUGAACUGGUCGUAUCAAGGAACCAAGGCCUGCACAGUCCUAGUCGGGGACAAUGGGGAUGGCAAGGCAUCAUCAGAAUCUAAAAAUUCCUCAUCAGCUUCCUCAACAUCAUCGCCAGGGAGGUCGAGGACGCCAUCAUCCGGAGGUGCAAGGACCUUUCCAGCAAGGUCAUUCCCACCCGAUGGCACGACAUUUGCUCAAGUCAGUCUCGGUCAACGCCUCAGCAAAGAAAUACCAGCCUACAGCUACUGGAACAUGCAAUUUUAUCAAUCCGAGGCGGCCUACGUACGUUUUGAUUACAAUAUCCCUCGGGGUGCCAGUAUCGGUGUCUAUGCCAGGCGAAAUGCCUUACCAACACACACUCAGUAUGAUCUUCUGGAGGUACUCAGUGGAUUCAAGGCGAGAACGACCCGGGCUUCACAUCCUUCGAUAAAGAAAGAAGUUACUCACUACAUGGAACCAGGUCACUGGUUCCUCUCUCUUUACAACGACGACGGUGAUCCCCAAGAAGUUUCAUUCAUCGCUGUAAUUGCUGAAGACAUGACUCAUAAUUGUCCAAAUGGUUGCAGUGGCAAAGGAGAAUGUCUCCUUGGUCAUUGUCAGUGUAAUCCCGGUUUUGGGGGUGAAGACUGCAGUGAGAGUGUUUGCCCAGUGCUGUGUAGCCAGCGUGGUGAAUACAUUAAUGGUGAAUGCCAGUGUAAUCCGGGGUGGAAAGGCAAAGAGUGCUCACUGAGACACGACGAGUGCGAAGUGCCAGACUGCAAUGGCCAUGGUCACUGUACCAAUGGGAAGUGCAACUGUGUUAGGGGAUACAAGGGUAAAUUUUGCGAGGAAGCUGAUUGUCCACAUCCAACUUGCUCUGGACAUGGAUUCUGUGCCGAGGGCACUUGUAUAUGCAAGAAAGGUUGGAAGGGGGCUGACUGCAGUCAAAUGGACAAGGAAGCACUACAGUGUCUGCCUGAUUGCAGUGGACAUGGAAAUUUUGAUCUGGAGAGUCAGACCUGUCAUUGUGAACCCAUGUGGUCUGGUGAUGAUUGUUCUAAGGAACUCUGUGAUUUGGAUUGUGGACCACAUGGACACUGUGUCGACAAUGCCUGUGAUUGCCUCUCUGGUUGGUCAGGUGAGCUCUGCAAUCUGAAACAGUGCGAUCCUCGUUGUAACGAGCAUGGACAGUGUAAAAAUGGUACAUGCCUCUGUGUCACUGGAUGGAAUGGACGUCACUGUACCAUGGAGGGCUGCCCGAAUUCCUGCUCAGGUCAUGGACAGUGUAGAGUUAAUGUCGAAGCACAGUGGGAGUGUCGGUGUUACGAUGGAUGGGAUGGAACAGAUUGCAGUGUUUUAUUGGAGCAAAAUUGCAAUGAUGGCAAGGAUAAUGAUAGAGAUGGCCUCAUCGACUGUGCUGACCCCGAAUGUUGUGCAAAUCAUGCCUGCAAAGGUAGUCAGCUUUGCGUCUCAGCUCCUAAACCAAUUGACAUUCUUCUCCGUAAACAACCACCAGCAAUAACUGCGUCCUUCUUCGAACGCAUGAAAUUUUUAAUCGACGAGGGAAGUCUCCAGAACUACGCACGUCAAGAAACCUUUAACGAGAGUGUGUUCUGGAAUCACUUCAAUACAAGUCGAUCGGCAGUUGUACGUGGACGUGUGGUAACGUCACUUGGAACUGGUUUGAUGGGUGUGCGAGUCAGUACCAGUACACCACUCGAAGGUUUCACCCUGACAAGGGACGACGGCUGGUUCGAUCUGCUCGUAAAUGGCGGUGGUGCUGUCACACUUCAAUUUGGAAGAUCGCCAUUCAAACCACAGACCCACAUAGUGUUCGUACCAUGGAACGAGGUUGUUAUAAUCGACAGAAUCGUCAUGAGUACAGUGGAUGAAAAACCUCCGAUCCACGUUCCUCACGCCUGCGCAGCGCAUGACUACGAUCAGAUGAAGCCAGUAGUCCUUGCAACCUGGAAGCACGGUUUCCAGGGCGCCUGCCCCGAAAAAUCUGCAAUCCUUGCAGAAUCUCAAGUAGUCCAGGAGAGCCUCCAGAUUCCCGGAACCGGUCUCAAUCUCGUGUACCACAGUUCCAGAGCAACUGGCUAUCUCUCCACCAUUCAACUCCAACUUACUCCAGAAUCGAUCCCCUCAACGCUCAACCUCAUCCACCUCAGAAUAACCAUCGAAGGGAUCCUCUUUGAGAAGACCUUUGAGGCUGACCCUGUCAUCAAGUUCACCUACGCCUGGAAUCGCCUCAAUGUCUACCGCCAAAGAGUUUACGGAGUGACAACGGCAAUGGUCAAAGUAGGCUACGAGUACAGUGACUGCAAGGACAUAAUCUGGGACGUUCAAACUACCAAACUCAGUGGUCACGACAUGUCAAUCUCCGAGGUGGGAGGUUGGAACCUGGACAUUCACCACCGCUACAACUUUCAUGAAGGAAUCCUCCAGAAAGGCGAUGGCUCCAAUAUUUACUUGAAACACAAGCCCCGAGUGAUACUGACGACAAUGGGAGAUGGACACCAAAGACCCCUAGACUGCUACGACUGUGACGGUCAAGCCUCCAAGCAACGUCUCCUCGCUCCAGUAGCCUUAGCAGCCUCUCCAGACGGUUCGAUCUUCGUUGGAGACUUCAACCUCAUCCGAAAAGUUCUCGUCGAUGGUACAGUACGAACAGUCGUCAGACUAAAUGCCACAAGAGUCUCCUACAGGUACCACAUCGCCCUGAGCCCCUUGGACGGUGUUCUCUACAUCUCAGACCCCGAGUCCCACCAAAUCAUCCGCGUUCGUGACACAAAUGAUUACUCAGACCCAGAUCACAACUGGGAGGCGGUAGUUGGCUCCGGAGAACGCUGCCUUCCCGGUGAUGAAGCUCACUGUGGAGACGGUGCUCUCGCUCGUGAUGCCAAACUGGCUUAUCCAAAGGGUGUAGCUGUCUCAGCAGACAACGUCCUCUACUUUGCUGAUGGCACAAACAUCCGCAUGGUAGACAGAGACGGAAUCAUUACCACAGUCAUUGGUAAUCAUAUGCACAAGUCCCACUGGAAGCCAAUCCCAUGUGAGGGAACGCUCAAUGUCGAAGAGGUUCAUUUGCGCUGGCCCACAGAGCUAGCCAUCAACCCCCUCGACAAUUCUCUUCACAUGAUUGACGAUCACAUGGUGCUGCAAUUGGCACCUGAUGGAAGGGUUAAGGUCGUUGCUGGACGACCUCUUCACUGUGCUAGCCCAUCAGCAAGCUUUGACACUGAGCUCGCUACACAUGCUACAUUAGUUAUGCCCCAGAGUAUCGCGUUUGGACCCUCUGGAAAUCUCUUCAUCGCCGAAAGCGACUCUCAGAGGAUCAACAGAGUCAGAGUCAUCGGGACUGACGGCAAGAUCUCACCUUAUGCAGGAGCUGAAUCUAAAUGCAAUUGUUUGGAACGAGGGUGUGAUUGUUUCGAAGCAGAUCAUUAUCUUGCAUCCACCGCUAAAUUCAACACCAUCUCGGCGGUAGCUGUAUCUCCGGAUGGAGUUGUCCACAUUGGUGACCAGGCCAACUACAGGAUUCGAUCGGUUAUGGCUAGCAUUCCAGAUGCUAAUGGAGCACGAGAGUACGAAAUCUACUCCCCUGACACCCAAGAAAUUUACGUAUUCAAUCGUUUCGGUCAGCACAUUGCCACCAAGAAUAUUCUCACUGGUGAAACUUGCUACUUGUUUACUUACAAUGUUAACACAAGUAAUGGGAAACUCAGUACUGUUACUGACGCCUCUGGAAAUAAGAUCUUCCUCCUGAGGGAUUACAGCUCCCAAGUAAACUCUAUCGAAAAUACCAAGGGACAGAAGUGUAGACUCAGAAUGUCGAGAAUGAAGAUGCUCCAUGAGUUGAGCACGCCAGACAAUUACAACGUUACUUUUGAUUACCACGGACCCACUGGACUUCUGAAAACCAAAUUAGACAGUACUGGAAGAAGUUACGUCUACAAUUAUGAUGAAUUUGGACGGCUAACGUCAGCGGUUACCCCAACUGGUAAAGUAAUUGGUCUUACAUUUGACCUGAGUCUCAAAGGAGCCACUGUCAAGGUGGGGCAGAACAACAGGAAGCCAGUAUCAAUGUUGAUCAAGGGAUCUUCGGUUGUAACGAAGGUUGGUGAGGCUGAACAGAGGACAACAGUAUCUGGUGAUGGUUCAGUUGGUCGAGUGACUCCCUGGGCGCAUACAGUUAGCACCGACACUCUUCCUUACGCCAUUCUUGCUGAGAUCGAGCCCCUUCUUGGGGAAAGCUAUCCAGUUCCUGCUAAACAACGAACUGAAAUAGCUGGAGAUCUCGCCAAUAGGUUCGAGUGGAGAUACUUCUUGAGAAAAGUCCAGGGGAAAAACAGAGGGAACGCGAAGGCAGUGGCUCAGGUUGGAAGGAAGCUUCGAGUUAAUGGAGACGUUUUAUUGUCUCUCGAGUACGACAGAGAAACCAAUACUGUUGCUGUCUUCAUUGAUGACCGAGUCGAGCUGCUCAAUGUCACUUAUGACAGAAACGCCAGGCCCCUGAAGUGGGGGCCUAGAAAUGGAAUUUUCGCAGGUGUUGAUUUAGAAUACGACAGAUUCAGUAGAUUGACUAAGUGGACUAGAGGAGACAUCAGUGAGACUUACGGCUUCGAUCGAGCUGGAAGACUAUACGAGAUUAAAUACAGCGAUGGAACGUCCAUGGUCUAUGCUUUCAAGGAUAUGUUCAGUUCUUUACCGUUAAAGGUUACCACUCCACGAGGAAGUGAUUAUCUCCUUCAGUAUGACGAAGCUGGUGCUCUUCAAUCUUUGACGACUCCUAGAGGCCAUAUCCAUGCGUUCUCUCUCCAAACAUCUCUUGGAUUCUAUAAGUAUCAGUAUUAUUCACCAAUGAACAGACAUCCUUAUGAGAUUUUGUAUAAUGAUGAUGGACAAAUCCUUGCUAAAGUGUAUCCACAUCAAAGUGGAAAGGUUGCUUAUGUUUACGACCAUGCAGGCAAGUUGGAAACAACUCUUGCUGGACUUUCGUCGAUCCAUUACACUUAUCAAGAGACAACUAGUCUUGUCAGGAGUAUUGACAUCAAUGAACCCAAUUUCGAGAUGAGGAUUGAGUACAAAUAUCAUGCUGGUAUCGUAAAAGACGAGAAAAUUAAGUUUGGAAGUAAAAGUGGAAUGGAUAACGCUCACUAUCGUUAUCAGUACGAUGGAAAUGCAAGAAUUUCUGGCAUCGAGGUCGAUAUCAAUGGAAAGCAACUGCCCCAGCUUCGUCUCAAGUACAAUCAAAACCUUGGUAUUCUUGAGGGUGUGGGAGACUUGAGGAUUUAUAGAAACUUGUUCAAUCGAUCUGUGAUGCAGGACAGUAGUAAACAAUUUUUCACGAUUACUGAUUACGACGAGUAUGGCCGAGUUAAGUCGAUUCUGACAAAUAUUGGAACUAUGGAUGUCUUCAGGAUGGAACUGGAGUACGACAAUAGAAACAGAAUAAAAAUGAGAAAGCUCAUUAUUGGAAAGGAUUCAAUGGAUAAAAAGGAGUGGUCCAGGAUGGAUAAGAUUACUUACAAUGCUGAUGGACAUGUGCUCGAGGUAGCUGAUACUGAUAAUAACUGGCAGUAUGCGUAUGAUGAAAAUGGCAAUGUUAUUGGGGUCACUGAGCACAAUGAAAAAAUCACCCUUGGGUACGACAGUGGAGACAGGGUUGUUCAGUAUGGAGAUGUCGAGUUCAACUCUUAUGAUAGCAGGGGAUUCGUUGUUAUUCGUGGAGAACAUAAAUACAGAUACAACUCACGAGGACAGCUGAUCCACGCCUCUGAGCACAAAAAGUUCCAAAUUUGGUAUUUCUACGACGAUCGUGGUCGCCUAGUGUCUUGGAAUGACGACCGUGAAAAUAUCACUCAGUUUUUCUAUGCAAAUCCGAAGACCCCAGACCUCAUCACCCACGUGCACUUCGCUAAGGCUGGCAAAACUUUCCGCUUCCUCUAUGACUCUCGCAAUUUCCUGAUGACCGUCGAGACCUUUGAACAACGUUUCUACGUAGCCACAGACCAGAAUGGCUCUCCCCUUGCUCUCUUCGACACCAAUGGCAAUCUGAUGAAGGAGAUGCGAAGAACACCGUUCGGCAAAAUCAUCAAGGACACCAAUCCAGAUUUUUACCUGCCCAUUGACUUCCAUGGCGGUCUCUUUGAUCCAAACACGAAAUUAAUUUACCUCAAUAAGAGAUUGUACGAUCCAACAGUCGGCCAAUGGAUGACACCAGCCUGGGAGCAGAUGGCGAAUGAAUUGACAACUCCAAUGGAUAUCUUUAUCUACAGAUUCCGAAACAACGACCCAAUAAACCUCAGGCAAAAUGUUGAAUACAUGACAGACAUGAACAGCUGGUUAAAGCUCUACGGGUAUGACAUCCCCUCGAUGCUCGGCUCCGAGUACACCAAAGCAAUGGUUUAUCAGCCCAGUGCGACUAUCACAUCGCCCCAACUAACCCCAGACUUCGGAGUAAUGUCAGGUCUUCAAUGCAUUGUCAACAGAGUCCACGAGAAAUUCUCAGAUCUUGAUUUUGUUCCAAAACCUCUCCUCAAGCUCGAGCCGAAAACGAGAAAUCUCCUUCCUCGAGUUGCCCAUCGUCGAGCGGUCUUCGGAGAAGGUAUCCUAGUCUCCAGAGUGGGAGGACGAGCUCUUGUCAGCGUUGUAGAUGGUGUCAAUAGCGUAGUUCAAGAUGUUGUUACCUCGGUCUUUAAUAAUUCGUACUUUUUACCUCUUCACUUCAGCGUUCACGAUCAGGAUGUCUUCUACUUCGUGAAAGAUAAUACUUUGAAGAUGAGAGACGAUAUGGAAGAGUUGAAGAGACUCGGUGGUAUGUUCAAUGUUUCAACUCAUGAAACAACAGAACAUGGCUCAGGGACUUACAAAGAACUGAGACUCCAUAAUCCAGAUGCUGCAGUUGUAAUUAAAUACGGUGCAGACCCUGAACAAGAGCGUCACAGAAUUCUCAAGCAUGCACAUAAAAGGGCAGUGGAAAGAGCGUGGGAGAUAGAAAAGCAAUUAGUAAUGGCAGGAUUUCAAGGAAGAGGCGACUGGUCCAAAGAGGAAAAAGACGAGCUUAUUGCCAGGGGUACAGUGGACGGUUACGAAGGCGUAGACAUCCACAGUGUCCAUAGGUAUCCACAGCUCGCCGAUGAUCCCGGCAAUGUCGCAUUCACUCGCGACACAAAACGAAAACGACGAAAGAGUGGCAACAGAAGAAACAGAAAUCACAGGCACGACUCGUGAUGAGAUACUAAUUAAAGAAUUGUGUUUUUUUAUAUAUAUAUAUAAUUAAUAAUGAAAUAAAUUAAUAUAAACUCUUCAACGUGUGACAAUUUGGUGCCAUACGAUGAGUCUAAAGAGCAACGGUAAUGAUACAGUGAUCCGUGAAGUGUCAAAAUUAAGCUAGUCGCAUUUUAUUAAACGAAAAUAUAAAGCUUGUUAAAAUGAGGUGAUUAUUUUAUUGAGUAUAAUGAUGAUGCUGAAUAAGAAAAACAAUGAGAAAGAACUGUAAAGUGAUUUGGCGUUCUGCGCUGUGCGUUGUAGACUUUCUAAGGUUUUUUGUACCCUCAAGAAUAAUGAAGGGAGUAAUGAUAUUUGUAUAAAUUAAUGGAAGAUUAAUGAUCCAGUCGAAUGUUUGCUCCGAACUCUAUAGUGUAUGUCGGUGAACAUCAAUCGGGUUUGGCUCAAUGCAUCAACAGGGUCUUAAUUAAAAAUGGACACGAGAGCCCAUCGUCCAAGACGUGUUCGUUGAACAAUUAAAGAAAAAAAAAAGAUAGAGAUAAAGUAAACGAGACGUCGCUUUUAGGUUCUCGCCGAUUGUUAUUAAAGAAAGAUGAUGGAGAAUUUGAAUAAUGGAAAAAAAAAGAGGGAAAUGCAAGUAUAAUACCUACAGAUAUUUUUAACAUACCGUAAAAUCCAUUUUUUUUUCUUUAACAAAGAAAUUGUACAUAUGGCUAAGUCGAUUAAUGGUGAAUGUAGAUAGUAUUAUUAUAAGGAGAAAAGCAUAAACACUGUUCACCGACGCCUGAGAUUGGGGAAUAAUCGAGCGCCGCUUUUUUAUAUGUAUACACGUAAACUGAAUGAAUUAACACAAAUGGGCUAAAUACGCUCGGGACAUGUUUUCAAUAAAUAGUGAAAAUAAAAGUGAACAUUAAACAAUGCAACAUUGGAAUGAGUAACAGUUUCUUUAUAUGUCGUAGGCACUUGUAUAUAGUUAAUUAGGUUUAAACGAGUGUUGUUGUGUCCGAAUGACUAUAAGAAGACGAAUGAUAAAAAUGAAUUAUUAUACAAACGGAUCAAACUGAACGUUUUAAAAGUGAAUACACAGAGCCGAAAAUGAUGAGUUAGUGAAGAAUGAAAGAUAAUCGAUGUCCAAGAUUUAUUGUAACGUGAUGCAAAUAAAAAUGUAUGAGAGAUUAACAAACAUAAAUGCCCCGCCUAUCUUUCUACUGAUAAAUAAAUAAAAAAAACAUAAGUGAAGAGUUAUUUUUUGAAUUGUCGAAGAGGUCCUAUUUAGUCAAAGGAAAGAAAAACGAGAAAAUAUAUGUCAUGAAGGAGUUGAUGAAAAAUAAGUUCCCUCUCGCCUAAAGCACAAAAAGCUAAUGAACAAAAUUAAUCUGCAUUGGAAUGCUAAAACUUGAUGGAAAAUUCGGAAGUGACACCUUUUUCAAGCAGAUAAUUAUUUCUGAAAUGAAGUAAAUGAGCAGCGCUUUGUUCUCAAAGUAAAUCCAUGCUUAUAAAUUGAAAUUUAUUGACUCAUCUUUAUGUUUUACCAUUCCAAUAAAGAAAUACAAGACUUAAUAAUGAGAAAAACAUCAGUAAUCAUCGAUGUUAAAAGUAUUGGAAGUAGAAAAACCUCAGCGGGAUGAUGAGGAAAAUAAAACAUGAAAUUAAGCAAUAGAAAGUAUAAACAGAAAAGUGUAUAUGUAUAAAGUUAGGGAGAGUACAUAUAUGUAUAGGGAUGCCGCGAGCCGACGUACACGCAGAGCCACCAUGGCUCCACCGCGUCGUGUUCUACGUAGGUGUAUAAAGUGGAAAAAAUCAGAAAAAAAUGAAACAUUUUGAAAUUAAUACAAAACCAGUAAUAAACACAUAAUCAUAAACUGCAGAACGUUACGUGAAUAGUUGACAAAUUAUUGAUGAUAAUAAGGGCACGGCGCAAAACAUUGACAGGUAUUUAAACCAUUGUUUGCUGUAUAUGUAUAUUUAUGUAUAGCUGGAAAUCAUAUUAUUUCACAGACUGAAGUAGUUUUCAGAGUGAACCUAGCCAUUUUCAUACUUUUUCAUGAUCAUUUGUCAAUGAAAACAUUUCGUUUUUGACUGAAUUACGAUGGAAAUUGGGCCUCGCCUUGGCUACUAAAUGAUUUUCCUCCAAAUUUAUUAAUUCGAAAAAAAAUUCAACUGAUAUAAGAUGAGGUAACAAAAAACUAUAUACUGCAGCCAAACGUGUUGCAAAUACGCUUUGGAGGAUCAAAAAUUCUCAAGAAAAAAAUUGAAAAUGACUUGCACUGUAUAUGGCUAUCAUUUUCUACCUUUGUUGACGUCAUAAAGUUAAAUUUCUCAAUAAUUAGUUGAACUGAAUACGUAAAGGGAGAGAGAAAAAGCUAAAAAAAAUAUUCAAGGGGGAAAAAUCAAUAUGUUGUACGCGGCUCCCGAUUCCCUCAUGGGUUUUAUUAUCAUCCCUAGUGAGUCUGUGUUUAAUUGUAAAUUUUUCACUUAUUUUUAUAGUUCAUUGCAAAUGAAAGAACGAAUUUUUUGAAUGAGUUGUGAUUUCAAAGAAUCACACAAAUGAUAUUUCGUUAUGUUUAUAAUCGUAUGAGCAUCAAACUAAUGAGGGAAGAAUGAAGAAAUUAAUUCUGCAAUCGUCUGCGUGGUUCGAGUACGCUGGUCGCGUGAUGAAAUAGUCCAAUAGUAGCAAGGAAAGGAAGGCAAUUAGCAUGAAUGAAAGUGAGAAAUUAAUUUACAUAUAUUAAUAUAUGCAAUUAUGUACUCGAAACGGGAGCCGAGGGAUGGAAAAUUACGAAAUUAAUAUGUGAAUCGAAAUGCUCGGCCAGUGGAACUGAUUGUUUUUUUUUUUAUCACUUUCAAUUUAAAAUCUUUACGCAACAGUAGAAUGCGUAGACUACACUAUUUUUUGUACAUAAUUUAAUCAAUUGUAAUAAUUUGGUUUUAAGUAUUAAAUUUCGUAACACUGAAUACUAAUCGUUAUAACGGAAAAUGAAAUGAAUCGAUUCACCUGAUGUUUUCGUAUUGUUUUUACAAGAAAUAUAAUCGUGAGCAACUUCGCAAAGAUUUGAAAUUAAAUGAUGAAUAUCACCGGUUCUUAUAAGCCAUAAUGUAAAGGAAACUUAGAAUUAAAUCUUGUAAAUAAACAAUUAUGAUUAUGUAAAUAACAUUCAUAAGCCAUGGAAAACCACCACAAAUGAUGAACACGGUACACAAUUAAACGAGGUUUAUUUUAAAGAACAACCAAAAUGAGAAAAAAUCCAUCAUUAUAUUACUAUGUAAUGAUAUUCAAUAAGUAUAUACAUAUUCGAUACUCUUAAACGCUAAGUACUCAAUAAAUAUAUCUAUAAAAUG